AUGCAAUGGGGUUGUCGCAGUAUACACCCCAUGUUUCCUCGUCUCGCUAUCCUCUCAGCGACGCUUGCGGCGUUCGCUGUCACCUUUGUAUCGGGGACGUCCUCGGCCGGACACAGUUCCUAUCAUCUCAAACCCUUCCACAUCGAUCUCGGCCAUGGUGUGCCGCACCUCAAAGCGCUGCUGAAUGAAAUCCGGCUGCCAAAUGCCCCGCUGUACCCCGGAUCCAGUCCGACCUACGGAGUCGAUCUCGCCGAUCUCAAAAGCUGGAAGAAGACGUGGCUGGGGACGUACGAUUGGGACAAGGAGGAGGCUGCUAUGAACCGAUUCAAUCAUUUCACGGCUCAUAUCGAGGGACUUGAUAUUCACUUUGUCCAUCAGAAAUCGCAAGUCCCCGGCGCGAUCCCGGUUUUGCUCUUGCACGGAUGGCCCGGUUCCUUUUACGAAUUCGAGCCAGUCAUUUUGCCGCUGACACAACCCUUCACCAACGCGAAUGGGUCCACCAUCGCUUUCGAUGUGAUCGUUCCAUCACUGCCUGGUUUUGUCUUCUCCUCCGCGCCACCGUUCAACUGGACCGUCGACGACACCGGCCGUGUCUUCGAUACGCUGAUGACAAAGGUCCUCAGCUACGAGAACUAUACGGUACACGGUACCGAUUGGGGCAGCCCGGUGGCGUACUCCAUGUACAGCCACUUUAACGCAACCGUCAGCGCCGCCAAUUUUGUCUUUCUGCCGUUCUUCCCCCCGACGCCCGCGGAGGUGGCUGCGGCGAAUGUGACGCUCAGCCCCGUGGAGCAGGUGACCCAAGCCCGGGCUGCGGAGUGGUCGUCGACUGGGAACGGGUACUACCUCGAGCAGACGUUCAAGCCAAACGACAUCGGGCUGGCGCUGUAUGACAAUCCUCUCGGACAGCUCGCCUGGAUCGGGGGCAAGAUCAAACUCUGGUCGGAUCCGCGCGCGGGGCAGUCGCCGUCGGUGCUCAACGCCACCGCGAUCCUUAACCUCGUCUCGCUGUACUAUCUCACAGCGAGCAUCGAGUCGUCCGUGUGGCACUACGCGCUCAAUCUGCACGGGUUCUCCGGCGUGUACACGAAGGCGCCCACCAGCGCCCCGAUGUUUUUCACGCAGUAUCAGUACAACGUCGGGUUCUGGCCGAAGGAGUGGGCGGCCAAGGUGGGGAAUCUGGUCUCGUACAAAGGUAGAGAACAUUUCACCCCGCAGGCGUUGCAGAGCGGCAGCUGUGUCGUGGGAUCGCGCCUCCACAGCGGUGUGCGCGUCGUCCCGCAGUGCUCGCACUUUUUGGUGGAUCCCGAAGAGGAAGAGGAGGAGGAGGAGGAAGAGGAGGAAGGGGAGGCGCCGGCGGGGAACUCGGGGAUCGAGGGUGACAUCUGGGAGGUGCCCUCGACCGAACAUUCGACCCUCGCCCGAAACGAUGAUCUGCCUGGCCCUCAUCGGAAGCCAAUCAGUGGGCGCACGCUUCGCACACAACUGAGGGUCUCCUCAAUAUUCCUCAGCCCUGGCUAUUCACUGCUCGCGCCUAUUCCGUCCGCAGGCACGUCAUUUUGGAGCCCACCGCGAGGGGAUUUCAACAUAGAUUCUGGUGCCUCUCGCAGUCUGCGACACAACAAUCAUUCUGAGCUACGUCGCACGCUCCGUGAAGAGCUAGCUGUUGCUCUCAACGACCCCACAACUCUCUCUUUCGACGACGAACACCUCUUUGACAUUGUCCCCAGCGCCCUUGCACAACACAACAACCUCUCACCGCAUUCCCUGAGCUCUCCAACGCUAUCCUGGCUCUUUGAUUCGCCUCCAACAACGCGUUCACCAUCCCCCCUUCACAACACGAAUAUUCCUUCUCAAAAUAUGGCUACUCCCACUCCCAUGCCAGCCAGAGGCGAUCGAAACGCCCCAGUCUUUGAUUCGUCCAAGCCCCACGAGUUGCGCCGUUAUUUCCUCGAUCUGGAGUUCCUUCUAGCUCGAUCUGCCGUCACUGACACUGCCCAAAUGAAGGGGCAUGCGGUCAGAUUCCUUUCCGUCGAAGAUCAGGAGAUUUGGGAAGGUCUACCGUCAUUCUCAGACGCCAACAAAUUGUACCACGACUUCAAAUUGGACGCCCUCAGCCUCUACGCAGGGAACGACACAGAUCGUCGUUUCAGCCUCGACGAUUUGGACAUGCUCGUUGGGCAGACAUCUCGCAUGGGAAUCCACACAAAGGACGACCUCACACAAUUUUAUCGACGAUUCCUACACAUCACAACAUUCCUGAUUAGCAAACAACGACUCUCUGUGGCAGAACAGAGCCGAUUUUUCCUUCGAGCUAUGAAUCCAGCCUCGUUGUCCGUCUCAGUUCGCCAGAGACUUCAGAUCAAGAAGCCAGACGUUCACCCUGAGGAUCCAUAUGAUUUGUCAGAUCUGUACGACGCUGCUAAAUUCGUCCUUUCAGGAUCAUCGACCUUACUUCCUGGAAUGCCCACGUCUCAGCCCGGAACCGAGCUCACAAUCAAAUCAGACCCUGGAAUUACUGCACUAGUUUCAUCCGUCUCAGAUCUAGUUCGAAUAAUCGCUGCUCAACACGCCAAUCCUGGUGCCCCAGCACAAUCACAGUCCGCCAACGCCCUGCCCCGCCGUCGCCGUCCUGAUGGCUGCAGUUAUUGCAGUGAUCUCGAGCAUUUUAUCAGCCAAUGUCCCCACGUUUCGACAGAUAUUCGAGACGGAAAAUGCCGCCGCAAUGUGGAUGGGAAAGUCGUCCUCCCCUCAGGCGCAUAUGUGCCAAAUAUUGUCCAAGGAAAGGAUCUUCGAGAGCGCAUUCAGAAGUGGCAUGAAGCGAACCCAGGUCAGGCAGCAGCUCCGCAGAUGAUUUUGGAAGUUUCUCACCAGAAUUUGCUGUCUUCUGCGGCGCCUGGGCUCGUUCAAACGUUCAAACUCACGGACAAAGAACGAAUGGCAGUUCUGACGGCUGAAAUUAAUCAACUACGCACACGGGCCCAAGCUAAACGCGCUAUGGAAGUUGCUAAUCAACCAGAAGUCCCUGAACGCACUAUUCCACCGGCGGUAGCGCGAAAUCCAGUCGUUCCACCUGUUCCAAUCGAAACCGUCCCUCCUGCGACCGCCCCUGCUGCUCCAGUUGCCCCGCCUCAACCCCCAUUCCAUCCGUACGCCGCAGCUCGUGAUGGCGCUUACGCACCGCCCAAAGAACGAAAUGUUGGGAUUCCAGCGCAGAAAUCACAACCCCCACGCUCUUCGGCUCCGAUCUACAACCCCAAAGAUGCUGCAGCUGUUUUCGACGCCAUUUUGGACAUCCCUGUCACCCAGACGCUUCGCCAGACCCUGUCGAUUGCCCCAGAAGUCCGUGCUCAAUUCCGCGAAGCCACUAGUUUCCGUCGUCCCCCUGCCAAGACUGGCGAGGCAGUGCCUCAAUUCCUGCAUCCUGUCACUGAUAGCACGCCCUACGACCUUCCAUAUGCUCAGGACGACUCAGAUUUGGUCGAAAAACCAGACGUUGCCCCCAGACGCUUGGGUGGUCCCAGAUAA